AAAAUGGAUUGGGAAAAAGAGUUUUAUGAGUUUUUAAUGGAAAUAAUUUGUAAAUAAAAUUCAAUUAGAUUAUAAAUGGGAAGUAAUGAUAUAGUAAAUGCAAUGUAAAAACUUCCCCCAAAGCAUCCAGUUAAUAUGCAUAGAAAAUAAUAUGGAAAUCUUUAAUAAUGUUUUAAAGCAAAAAAGAAUCCAUUUUUCAGUUACACAGAUAACUUGGUUAUUUUAUUACCAAAAGAUAAGAUGGAUUAAUUGAAUUAGCAUGGAGUAUAUUUUGAUAUAAUAAUUAGUUGGUUCCUUUAUAUUAACUUUAUGUAUAGACUUAUGAUAAUGUUCAAAAGAAGUUGAUUGAGAUAAUGAAAAUAAAUAAAGAAAAUUAAUGUUAAGUUUGUGGAACAGUUUAUAAAGUGUUAAUAAAUAGAUUAGGAAUGUGUGGAGAAGAAGAAGAUUAAAAGGCUCAUAUUCCAAUCCAUAAAUUUAAUAUAUAAUGAAUUAUAAUAAAUUGAUUAUAUUUUCUGAAUAGACACAAAACAAUAAAAAGAAAUUAUAAUAGUUUCUAAUAACACAUGAUAUUUAAAUUGAUAAGAAUACUUUAGAAGCAGUUAUUAAAAUAAAAAUGGAAAAGAAUGAGAAUGAGAAUGAAUAUGUUAAAUAAAUAUAAAGCAAAAUAAUGUAUUAUUAGAAGUAGUUGACAAGUUUAUAGUAAUUUAAAGGGAUAAAUUAUGAGUUAAAGUAGAAACAAAAAGCAAAAUAUUAAAAUUAAGUUGAUGAAUUAUACAACAUUAAAGAAAUUUGUUAACGAUCAGAUAAAUUUUCUGAAUAGUUGAAAAGUCUCUUUUUUGUAUGUGUACAUUAUUAUUAUUUAUAAAACGAAUUUGUAUCUUAGGAUAUAAAGUUAGAUGAGAUUGUAGAAAUAUUUAAAAUGGUUUUUAUAAAUUAAUAAACUACAACAAAUAAAGAUUAGAAGGUUUUAUAAUAUUGUGUACAACAUUAUAAAUCAUUAUAAAAAAGUAAAGAAUAAUAAAGAAAUUCAUAAAAUUAAUCUGUUGAUACAAAAUCACAAACAUCAGGUUAUUCUAGAGGUAUUGAAAAUAAAACACCUUCAAGAAGUAUGACACCUAAGAGACAAUAAUCAAACAACAAAAGUAUUGUAGAGUUAUCAACUCCAUAAUUAAAGAACUAUUAUACAGAAAUGUUAAGAAAGAUUAAUUUAGAUAAUCCUAGGUCCUCAAUAGAGAAUAUUACUAUACAAAAUGAGAAAACCAAUUUUAGAAUUUGA